UGACGUCAUCGAGAGAUGCUAGAGGCAGAGGAGAACCUUUCUCUCCACGUUACCGUUCUAUGCACCGCUCAGUCAUCUAUCAGCUGAUAGCUUUGUUCAAACCACACCAGUCGAAGAAAAAAAACAAAACCAACCGCAUCCGUGUGCCAUAGCAAGAUCUUAAACAAUAAAACUGCAUUAGGAGCUUUCUUUUUUAAAGAUCUAAUUCCACUUUGGGCAGAAGAAGCUGCAAAGACGGGUCCGAAUACGCUGGAGUCAACAAUAGAAAACGACGCGAUUGGGCGGUUCAGCACUUCGAGCGCCACCUGGAGGUGGAGGUAUAUGCGUGAGGCGGAAGGAGGAGGCCUUUCUUUAAAACUAUUAACCUCCAUGAGGUUCAGUGGCCUGUUCAGGACUCGGUGACCAGGACUAGAAAAAAUUUAAAGAUGGUGGUAGUGAAGCAAGAUUCUACGAGGAAGACGUCCGAGGAACCAAUGCCACCGCCUCCUGACGGCGGAUGGGGAUGGGUUGUUGUAUUUGCAUCUUUCAUGAUUCAUGUAAUUGCUGAUGGCGUCACUUAUACUUUUGGAAUUUUUUACUAUGAGUUUUUAAAAUACUACGGCGAAAGCAAGGGCACGACAGCCUGGGUAGCCUCCAUCAUGGUCGGCACAACUUAUUGCAUAGGACCUGUAGCCAGUGGAUUGACUAAUAAAUAUGGCUGCCGUGCAGUCACAAUAGCUGGAGCGAUAUUGGCAGCUGCAGGCCUAAUGCUAAGCACAUUAGCUCCAAAUGUGCUUUUCCUUUUCUUUUCUAUUGGACUCUGUACAGGUGCAGGAUUUGGUCUCAUGUAUCUUCCUUCCAUUGUGAGCGUCACCUGCUAUUUCGAAAAACAACGUGCCUUUGCGACGGGUGUGGCCGUCUGCGGAUCGGGUAUGGGGACUUUUGCUUUGGCUCCCCUGACGGAAUAUUUGGUAGAGACUUACGGAUGGAAAGGGGCGAUGCUUAUCAUUGCCGGUCUGGUACUAAAUUGCACCGUAUUUGGUGCACUUUUUCGCCCAUUAGAAGCCGUCUCUUGUACUCGAAAGAAACCAGCGCCCAGAGUCAAAAAGCCGGAUUUACCAAAGCUGAAAAUUUACAAUGGGCAUACUGCUAAUGGGAGACUAUCUCUCACUGAUGAUGGUACAUGCCCUUCCACUCCUUUGAUGUUCAAAGCCAACGGCACCGCGAUCAUCGAAGAGUCUCCCAUUAAGCGCCCUUCUGACGCAGUGUCAUAUGAUUCGAGGCUUACUAAUGGUUUUGUGUGCCAUAACAAAGUCGAAGAUGGUGUUUCAAAGAACUUGCAGGUAUACAGUGGUUCCCGUACCAACCCUCCGACACCUUCCGAAGGGAAAAUAAAUGGUUUUAAAGAUGUUAUUCUUCGAUCUAAUGGCAUUUCUGUUGACAGAAAAGAGGAUUCCGUACGAAACAGUCUGAUGCUUCCUUCCGAGUUUUUCCGCAGGAAAGUGGAAGGUAGUCCAUUAUCGAGCUUUGUCUGUUCUUCCGCAUCGUUGGCACAAACUAACAAAGAACUUUCUCAGCUGGAGACAUCCUGUUCUCAGUCGCACACUGGAGGCCUAAUGUACCGAAAAGAUAUCUUUUACAGUGGCAGUCUCAUGAGCCUAGCCAAAUAUCGAUCCAAUCCCAAUAUUUCGUAUUCCUCUGUACCAGCAGGAGAUGCAUUAGAUGCAUCCUCUACAAAGCGUAGUUUCCGAUGCUGUCCAAAGGAAAUCCGUGACGCUCUUAUAGAAAUGACUGACUUUUCACUUCUCAGAGAUCCUAUUUUUCUGAUGUUUGCAGUUUCGAAUUUCUUAACCAGUAUCGGAUUCAAUGUACCCUAUGUUUAUACAAAGGACAGAGUAGCAGACAUGCAUAUAGCCACGAAUGAGGAUGCUAGUUUUCUUUUGGCAAUUAUCGGCAUCUCAAAUACAGUAGGAAGAGUUACAUUAGGAUAUUUAUCGGACAGAGCUUGCGUCAACAGACUAUGGAUUUACAAUACAAGUUUAAUUAUAUGUGGUCUAGCAACAGCUUUAAGCUGUUACGCAUUAAAUUACACGUUAAUGGCAACGUACUGUGCGACAUUUGGAGCUACAGCUGGAGCAUAUGUAAGCUUAACUUCCGUUAUACUCGUAGAUCUGUUAGGUUUAGAUAAACUAACGAAUGCUUUUGGCAUACUUCUGGUCUUUGAGGGAGUUUCUUGUCUUCUGGGUCCGCCUAUAACAGGUUGGCUGUACGAUGGACUGGGAUCUUAUGAUCCAGGUUUCUACGUGUCAGGCUCCAUGAUCGCUGCCAGUGGUCUUAUUCUCUUCCUGGUGCCUUGCAUCUCUAAACCGCCCAGCGACCAUUUUCCCAAUCCUGAGGAUCCUAAACCCAAAAUAGCUGAAACCUCGGCUUGAAUCAUAGUCUAUCGCAUUGGAGCCAUCAGUCAUCCAUAUCCUGAAGUAAAACUGAUUGCUUUUGGGACCAUGCACGCCUUUUCUGUUUUCUGGUUAAUGCUACUGUUACCAAAUGUGAAAUUCGUGCAACGAUAGGAAUAAUAUACAGUUAGGAUGGAUUUCUGCGUCAGUUGAAAUAGUAAUAUACUUAUCAAAGCAAUCUUUUCAAUUUUAAUUUCUUCACAAUUGAUAACGCGCAAAAUUUAUUUGCCUCUUCCUAGAAGUAUAUACGUAAUGCUUGGUAAGAUCUAAAUGCCAUUGUUAAAAACACAGAACAUAUGCAAUUAUAUAAAUGCAUCGAGUAAUUAAUUGUUUGUUGCAUGGACUCUUCAAAAUAAUACUCACUAACGCGACGUUAAGACUCAUAUCAUCCAAACGGCUCUGACUUCCAUCAGCAAUUCCAGUUAAUUGCGAUUUUUCUUUAAAAUUAGAUUCAGAUUUGUGAAAUAUUUUCACACACCUUUCCAUAUUACUCACAUCAUUUCACUGUACACGCUUCUGAGCCUCUGUACAUACCUGUUGACACACAUUUCUUUACAGUCAAAAACUCUUUGUUACAAAUUUAUAUCCUGUAUUCUUCAAAACAUAGAAUAAAAUUACGUCUGCCAUGCAGGCAGAAUUAUUUUACUUGAUGCUACAGCGACAACACAUUUAGAGAAAACAUUUUCAGCCAAAUGACAAAUAGGUUUUAAUUUCUGAAGAAAAUCCGCAUAAAUAUUUUUAGAAUAAAAAGAUUAAUGUAAGCACGCUAUGUUUAAACAUUGCAAAAUGAAAACUUCAACCAGUUAUAUAUAUUAUUAAGUUAUUUUGCAGAAUUAGAUAUUUCUGUAAUGCAUUAUUUUCUAUACAACGAGAUUAAACUCACAUAUGUUGCUAAUCUUUUUCCAGUAUCGAAUCAGUGGUAGUCCUUCUUCUGUUACAGAAUUCUUAGAGAAUAGUCAAUAGAAGGAAUCUAAAUAAUGCUCUUUAGUAUCCUUAAAAUAAAAAAUUUUGGGGGUGGACACUGCUUUCAUGGAGGUUAAUAAAUUCUCUUUCACUAUUUUGAUACCAAUUCAUCCUAAACAUCUAUAUUUUUUUAUUAUUUUGGGAUUCAGAGUGACAUCUGCUAAGCAAAGCAGAAGAUUCACCGGCUCUUUCAUAAACGGCAGUAACAAAACCUCCACAAUAAUAACUACGAUAUCUAGUUCUUUAUUCAUUUCUAUUGUAUAAUAGUAUUUUGUUAUUAGCCUCUGCUGUCACUUACAGAUUUCAUAAUCUUUCUCAAUCUUAUUUAUGAAUAUGGUAACGAAAUAUACUUAAUAAAAGUUGAUUAAAUUGAAUAAAAUGAAAAAUAAAAACUUUCUUUCUCAAUUUAUAGUAGUGUAAUAGAUAAUGAGAUUUUGGAUGAAUACUACAAGUUAUUAUUCUUGAAACUGCAGACAAAUUUUCUACCUCUUUUGUAAAUAUUGAUAUUUCGUACAUAAUUGUAAUAAAUCUGAGGAAAACUUUUGUACAUAAAUUAGUCAACAUUCAUUAGUAUAUAAUAAUAAUAUUUCAUUUUACUUAGCAUAUGAUAUUAUUCUGCCGUUAUAACUAGAUGAUAAUGGAUUUUGCAUGAUAUUUCAUCAGUAGCCUUACCUGGUAAACUAACCUUGAUAAGGCAGUUGUGCCAAAUAACUAGAAAUUUCUCCCGAACAGCAAUUCAGGUUUUGCUGCAGGAUACUACUAUUAUGUUUGUAGAGGUACCGUGAGGGUAUCAUCCAUUUAGACCAAUGUUUAAAUCGUGAUAUUUUAUAUACUACGUAUAUACUGUGUUAAGUGUGCAUGUAUGUGUGUUGGCAUCAUGGGCUAUUAAGUUUUUUUUUCAAAACAAACAUCAAUAUCGAUCUCUUUGAAACUUUGAUUUUGUGUUGUUGAUAAAAAAAAUCCUACUCAUGAGUUUGAGUGAAUGGUGAGAGCUUCGUUUAUCUUUAAGAGUUAUUGUCACUGAUAAUAGGAAUUAUGUUUAGAUAUUAUCUUGCAGAAGGCAGCAGGAAUUUUGUAAUUGUCUUGCAUUAUGUAUAUUUAACUAUUUUUAUUUCUUCAUUUGAUCUUCCAAAAUAAAGAAGGGAAGUGAAUGUUAUAUUUUAAUGGUAGUUUAAUAUAAACAGAUCCUACAGCAUCAAUGCGAUUAAUCAUAUCGUUAUGCUGAGUUUUUAUACACGGCACAGAUUUUAUGUAUAUUAUACUUCUAAUUAUAUUGAGGGUUCUUACGUAAAUCCUUAUGCAUCCAAUUUAACCGUUUCCAGUAUUCCAGAGUUGUAAAACGGGAUCUACUGGUAGCAGAGUGGUUAAGCACUAGUAUUUAAAAAAGCGUGCAACACUUCUGUCGACCAAAUAUAUUUUAAAAACAAAACAAAAUAAGCAGAAAUUUGAGUUACAAGUUGUAUUAAAUUUUCUAUUUAGCACGGUCUUGGGUUUGCACAUAGUACAAUGACGAUGAAAAACGAUGUAAACUAAGAGGCGAGGAGUAUUUAAUUCUCUCAAUUGGUAUUAGAAUAUUUCUGAAGGAAAUAGAGAGAAAUAUUUCAUUUUCAUAAACACAAGAUUUUCUGAUAGUUUUAAUGGCAAAUUAUAUAUAUGCAAUAUCCUGACUCUACAGGAGAACCAUUUUAACGAAGCUGUUUCAUCGUUUUCCAUCGUAUAUGAUGGUAACAGACGAAAAAGCAAAUUGGGAUAUGAUUAUAUUCUGCAAACCAUUAUAGACAGAGAAGAAAGAAUUUAUCGCCAUGUAAUAUUUAGGCAGCAUUUUAUGCUUACUGCUAAUAAAAAUGUUAAAUAAAUAAAAAUUAUCCAAUUAUUUCUUUUUCCUCUCUUCAUUUCAGUCAUUUUUAAAAGUUUCUAAAAAUAUAAAAUCUCUAAUAUAUCAGUAUUUUGGAGACAUUUGCAUCGUUAUUGCCUUUCUUUUAUCUUAUGCGUUUUCCGAUUAUGUGGACAUCGUAAAUACUCCCAUCUAAAAUAGAGAGUUCUGUUAAAGUUUGUAACUGAAUACGUUUCAGUUUCUGACUUGGUUCACGAAACAUAAAUUCUAGCUCUGUCAGUUAAUCGCUAGAAGCGCUAAAGACGUUUUAGACCAGUAGAACAUUCUUUCUUUCUUGUUAGGAAAUGUACAUUUGCAACUUUAAACUAUUUCAGUGGGAACUUAGAAUGAUGCAUAAGAACUUAAUAUAGAACCCUAUCUUUAUUUCUUUCUUUAUGUCUAUAUAUAUAUAUAUAUAUAUGUAUAUACUCAAACACACGCACACACAUGUUUGUUUAAUCGCUCUAAUAGCAUCCGUGAAUAUUUAUAGAAAAAAAAAUUGGAAGUAAUGAAUUAAAAGCCAUCCUUUAUAACUGCAGGCAGCAAGCAGAUUUGAGACUUCCAUGAAUAUGAAUUCUUUGUAAAUUUUAUAACGAUUAUGAAUGUAUUUUAUAUUAUUGAUUAUGCAGAUUGUUUUAUAUUGAUUAUGAAAAUUGUUUUAAUUUCAAAUUUGUAUAAUAAAUGGUUAUGAAGAGUAUUUUAAUUAUUUUCUCGUUAUUUAUUGUAUUAGAUAAUACGAUGUUUUCAAUAGCAUGAGUACAUACAGAAGAAUUUUAAAAUUCGCAAAAUGUAGAUUAUAUGGUCUCCAUAAUAUUUCUGUGGUGUACUUAAGACAUAUCAGUGCUUCAUAAUAAAUGUAUGGCUAGAUGCUGGACGAUAUUUUGUAAAACAAUCGGAGAGAAUUCGAAAAUCGGGAUCUCAGUUUACUUUGUAUAAAUUUUCAAAGCAAUUUUGUAGAUAUAUAAGUGAAGUGCUGUCUUGCAUUUCCCGUCUAAGAAUUUUUCUUCAAAUCUGCAUGAAUUACUAAGUCCUGUUCUCAGUGAUAGUAACUACUCUGCAUUUUUCCGAGCACAAUAUUCAGUAUAUUUUUUGUUUAUUCACUUGUGUUGAUAUCCAGCGUGUAGCUAAGGGAAAGCAUAACCAUGCUUACUUAUCAUUUUGUGUUCAUCAAAUAUUUUCCAUGUCUGAUAUGUGUGUAAGUAAUCUAUACUCUUUCUGACUUUUUCACAUGAAAUAGAUAUUGAACAAACGCAAAACCACAGCUGCUGAUCUUUAAAAAACGAAUGAGUUAAAAUUUAAGCACUCUUGUGUAACUGAUUUAACUUUCUUCGUACAUUUCAGAUAGUAAUAUCUCUUUAAAGAGUACUUUUCAGAUAGAUCUAAAAUUUAGAUCUAAUUUUUAUAAAUAAGCAAGCUUGGUGCACGAAAUUUUAUAAAAUUUUAUAAAUUUGGCACUAUUUCAAGAAUUGUUAAUUCUUAUUUGAACGAAUUACAAAUUCUUGAUUCUUCUUUGCAGCAGCGAUGUUUCGCGUUUCCAUAAAAAUGAUAUUUUGAUAUAUUAUCUAUUGUUCAUUACAAAACUUAUAAUUUGAAGAUGAAUGCAGUGUGUCGAAAAAUAUCUUCAGUGAAGGUAUUUUAUGACUAUAUUGUAUUUAUUUAUUAUGUGGUGCCCAUUAAAAUAUCAUUACACAAGCAAA